UCUAAUCCACCUUGAGAAACAAUCCGCACGUUUAACCUCCAUUCAUCCAUCACACUUUACGCAAUUAUAGUUCCCAUGCCUUGGCCCAACUAAACCAGUUUAAUUAGAUUCACAUCCCGAACCCGACCAACUACUACUACUCGACACUAACGGACGGACGGUAGGUACCUUUAUGCAUGCAUGAAUGUACUCCAAGCUGUCCCACGUCAAUUACGCCUAAUUACUCUUCUCCGAACCCAGGUUAGUACCCUCCCGUUGUCGUCGUCGCGGUCGUAAUAAUGAUCGUAAGUGAAUAUCACUUAUUCAAACGUCGCUGAUUAGCAUACCGGCACUUUACCAACGACCAGUCCAACAACGCGGGCAGCCAUCGUGCCCCUUCCGACGACAUACGAGAUUGUUGGAUGCAAAUCCGCGCUCCGAUUGCUCGUUAACUUCCAUCCACGUUGGCAUACGGGGGAUGAAGAGUAGUGAAACCGCGAAGCAGGUGGAAAUUUAUGACUGUCGGUGAGCGGAGCGAACGAGCGCGCUGAUUGGUUGUGAGCAUACUGCAGCGAAUUGGAAGUAGGCGGAGCCUAACGAGCGUUCCAUUGAUGGUUGUUGCUUCGCUUGCUUCCCACUCCAUUCGUGAGCGGUGGCCGGACCGGUUCGGUUGGAUUCGUGUUCAAGGUGGUUGAUGUGUUGGUGUGCACUGCUGGUGGGUCGGUCGGUCAGCGCUGGUUGCACAACAGCGCGGUGGUGUUCGCGAUAGAAAGAGACGAAUCGCGGUUCGCCGCGGUCGCGAUGUUGCACCACUACCGACGGAAGGAAGGUGUGUGCCGUCGUGAGUUUUAAUUUAUGUGAAUGCAUGCAGGCGAACUACCUGGACAGGUUGGGCUGGUUGUUUACACGUUGCGAUAGCGGCCACUCAGUUCUUGUUCAACGUUCGUUUGGCGUAGUCAGAGUGGAGGUAGUCCGUGCGCUCGUUCGCUGUGCGAUAGUUUUUUGUUGUAGUUGUUGUUGUUGCGGUUAUUGUUUUAGCGUUGGAUGGAGCCGCGUCACGCGUGAAAGCGUCAAACGAUAAAAAACGAUCUGUUUUUUUUUUCUUCUGGGGAUUCGAGGUCUCCCGGGAUCGACGAGUCUGGACGUUGAAGGAACAAUCUUUUUGCUGAAGCGUGUUCGGUAUCGCGCUUGACUACGCGCAUGUGCAGUGCAGUUCGGUGUAACGGUUCCGUGCGAAAACACAAUGCACAAAUAAUGCAAAUGCUUUUCGGUGUGUUUUCCCUUUGUCAGUGUUUGGCUGGUUGGCAGAGCUUUGUUGGUGCCAAUUCGGGAACCCUGUUGUUAUGUUGUGUUGUGCCGCCACCGUCGUUUUGUUGAUGCCUCGAAAAUAACUCAUCCAAUUCGUUUUCAAUUAGCCACGGUACGACUGCUGCUGUAGUCCCCUGCCGGCCGGGGAGAGUGAGUUCGCCGAAAAUAACAAUCACAAGGAAAAAGUGCCUUCCAGUACCCAUGAAUAAUUGCAGCCUUUCAGUGGAAUUAAUUGGAUAUUGAUGACAACUCAAAAAAUAACAGUGCCUCUUCGCCCUUCAAGACAGUGGACCUUGAAACAGUUUUAGCGGAAAAGUGACACCCUCGCGGAAGAAGACAAACAUCUAGCCUUCGCUUACGAAGUCUACGGCAAACACGUGAACGUCAGCCUAUGAAGCUGUAGUGAAAAGAAAUUGAUAAUUCUAUUAGCGAAGUCGCAGGCCCUCCGAGCGGUCUCCUUUGAAGCCGACCAAUUAGCGCUGAAUUGCGAACCGUCAAAGAUCUACUGCCGGCCCGGAGAUUCACCAAUUAGUGCCCUGUGCCCAGAAGAAGACGCCAAACUGACGGAUUCUCCCAUGUGAACGCUGCGCCGUGGUUGCGGUGGUGACUAAUUACCCGGAGAAAACUGGAAACAAGUGUGCAAUAAUUGAAAAUCUGAUUACAUGAGGAGAGGGGUAUUACUGGCCAAUUAGCCUCCCGCGAAGGAUUUCAAGUGAUCGGGAUUAACGCCGUUGACGCCGCGCCGGUUCGAUUCGAGGACGUGAGGAUUAGAGAGAUAAAGAAUAGCGCGGGUGUGACUGAGUAGUGUGUGUUGCCGAGUUAGGCUCAGGAAGCCGUCGGUCAAGUGUUCGACAGUGGUAAAACGUAGGGUUGAGGAGCGGAAGUGAGGCAACGAAGAAUUGGAAUUUCAUGUGACGUCGCAGAAGUGUUCGGAACUGCAAACCAAGCUCAUUCUCUCGAUCGAGGAACGACCAACGCGCAACGACCGGACCCAGCGAGGAGCCCCAGUGCCAAUCAGUUUCGACGGUGAAACGGUGCGCGUAAAACCGGUCCAAAAUUUACAACAUCGCACGGCUCGCCGAUCUAGAUCAGCCCGGUAGUCACCGACCAAUGGGCAUAUCGGAUGAGGGCAAGCUGCUAGGAGCGGAGGACAUACCCCAUGAGGCUCGGCCACCCCAGGGUAGUCCACUGGAGCGCGGCGGCAGCAGCAUCGGAACCGGGGGGUCCAGCACUCCCGGCAGCGCCGGAGGCCACAUGAUGAACAGCCCGGGUGGAGCGGGCAUGGGCGGCGACCCCAACAGCCCCAUGUCCGACCAGCACAGCGACGACGGCUGCGACGAGUUUCAACCAAAGAGAAAACAACGCCGCUACCGGACCACCUUCACGAGCUUCCAGCUGGAGGAACUGGAGAAGGCGUUCUCAAGGACUCACUAUCCAGAUGUGUUCACGAGGGAGGAGCUAGCUAUGAAAAUUGGACUGACCGAAGCGCGGAUACAGGUCUGGUUCCAAAACCGUCGAGCAAAGUGGCGGAAACAGGAAAAGGUCGGCCCCCAAGGUCAUCCCUACAACCCGUACCUGGCAUCCGGAGGUCAAGUUCCGUCGGCAACGGUGGUCGCUCCAUCCCUGCCACCCAACCCUUUCACUCACCUAGGCUUCAACCUACGGAAACCUUUCGACGCGGCCAGUUUAGCUGCCUUCCGGUAUCCAACCCUCGGAGGUGGCCACGUACUCCCGUCAGCCUAUUUCAACCAAUUCCACAGGUCCCUUCUCGAUUUUAGAACACCGCCCCCGCCACUACUCCCCCCAGGAGUAGGCGCCCUCUACACCCCGUCAGCAUCGUUCCAAACACUCCUGGCGAACAUUUCGGCCGCCCAGCGAGCCCCACCCGUGAUGCCGUCCAAACCGUCCCCUCCGGGCGGCGGUGUACCCAGUUCUGCCGAUUACCUCACCGCCGUUGGGCCACCACCUCCGUCCAACCUACCGACGCCGGCAUCCCCACCGGUGUCGCCCACCUCAGUGCCAGUUGUUCCUUCGUCGGCCGCCGUGCCCGGUGUUUCGGUUCCAGCUCCCGGUUCCACGACGCCUCCCCAAGAUCGCCGAAGCUCGUCGAUAGCGGCCCUCCGGCUGAAGGCCCGGGAACACGAACUGCGGCUCGAGAUGCUCCGCCAGAAUGGGCACCACAGUGAUAUCAUUAGCUAAGGAUGGACUGGACAUGUCCGUCCGACCGCGGAAACUCCGUACUCCACACGUACUUAGGGCAACACAGCUACAGACCCCGCAUCGGCAUUAUAUU